AAUAGUCCAAAUAAUUUCCUAUGACAGCUCUUGUUUUAGGAUCUUCUAUUUCAUCUACACCUAUUCGAACUCCGUACGUUUACUAUGAUCGAAGCCGUAUUGUGUUACCAAACAAUGCCCAGAAUCUAAAUGAGGCAGUUGGCGCACUACCUGUAACUCUUAGCGAUUCAUCCAAAACACGUACAUUUUUUUGUAUUUAUUGCAAGAAACAUUAUGCUAAAUUUCCACAACAUUUAAUGGUUAGCCAUAAAAACGAACCUGCUGUUUCACAGUUUAUGGCAUUACCUCUAGGUUGUCCAGAACGACGACGUUUAAUAGAAACUAUUCGAAGGAACGGAGACUAUAUGCAUAAUACAGAGUCUAUACAUAACAGUGGUAAUUUUUAUGUUGCAAGACGAUCAUAUGGCAACUACAACAGCCUUAAUUAUUUACCGUGUCCAUCUUGUAAAGGUUUUUUUAAAAAGUCGACACUUCGUUUGCAUCAUAAAAAAUGUGGAGGAGAAAAUGUUGGUGGGAAAAAAUCUAUUCAUUUGGGACGAUCUAUAUCUCGUCAGUUACAUGCAAAGGCUUGUUUCACUUUACGUACUCGUAUAUUUCCUAUUUUACGUGACGAUGAGUGUGUCAAUAUUAUUCGCUAUGACUUCCUUGCUAUUACAUUAGCGAAUUAUUGGUGUGCAAUGUAUGCAGAUUCACACUUUGAUGAAAUGAUUCGUGCACGACUGCGCUUAAUUGGACGACUGCUGUUAGCUGUAAAAUCAUUGGGUAACAGUGUAACUGAUUUUUGUUCCAUAAUGAUUCCGACAAAAUAUGAUGUUGUUGUUGCCGCUAUUAAUAAGGUUGCAGGUUUGAAUGAGCAAGGCACCAUUUAUAAAGCUCCUACCACAGCUACAAUGCUUACUACAAUAUGUAAAAAAGCGGCAGACAUUUGGCAGAUUGAAUGCAUUAAAUUGAAUGAUUUCGGAAAGAAAAAGGAUGCAGAAAAUUUUUUACACCUAUUUAAAUAUUCCAGUGCUUAGAAAAUCGACUUGUACAUCAACGUCACAAGAUAGUAUCCGUUCCGUCAACUGAUGAUAUUUCAAAGCUAGUGGCGUACUUGCGCACUAAAAGAAGAGACUAUUAUAGAAAACUAAAAUCUGAACAAGAACAAAUUUCCGUAGACACUUGGAAAAACUUG